AUGACUGAUAAGGAGGGCCGCGCAAGCUGGAUAGAAUGCUUCAUCGGCUACCGCGACCUCCAAAAGGCCAUUUCCCUUUACCAAAAGACAUACCCAGGGGGCUCCAAGGAUGACUUCCAACUGUCAUGGAAGCCUUACUUCAUAGACCAAGAACCCCCCAGCGAGAGCAUAAUUAUCCACGACCGGAUGCUCCGGAAGAUGGGGCCCAAGAUGACCGAGGCGGCGCAGACGCGCCUAAGGCGCGUUGGGGCGACGUUGGGUCUCGAUUUUAAGUUCGGAGGGUAUAUGGGUAGCUCAAGGCUUGCGCACGUCCUUCUACAUACCACCGGUGCGGAGAAGGGGCUUGUGAUGCAAGGUAAGGUUUCUGAUAUAUUAUUCCGGUAUCAGUUGGAGCUGGAGGAGGAUAUCAGUUGUGUUGAUACGCUUGUGAGGGCUGCGGUGGAGGUGGGGCUGGAGGCGGGGGAGGUUAGGGAGUGGUUGGCAGGGGAAGGGGCGGGGCGUGGAGUGCGGGAGAUUAUUGAGGAGGAGGCGAGGAAGAUUAGGGAUGGGGGCGUUCAGGGGGUGCCGCAUUUCAUUAUCGGUGGGAAUUAUCAUAUCGAUGGGGCGGUGGAUGUUACGGAGUUUUUUCAGACGGUAGUGGAGGUUAAGGAAAGGGAAGGAGGAGGAGGUGGUGGCGGUGAUGGUGGGCUAGUGGUGACGACGGGCGCGAGUUGUAAGUUGUCUCCGGGCGGAGGGGAAAUGGUAUGUUGA